CUCCCUCCGCGACCCCCCUCUGGUCCUCCACACGUCAACGCCCGCUCGCUCUCCAACGUCGACUCCGCACGACCGCGCGCAACAGAGCAGGGCCAUGGUGGCGUCCAUGGCGGCCUCCCCCCUCCGGCCGCUCCUCCUUCUCCUCCUCGCCGCCCUCGCCUGCCACGCGGCGGACGCGAGCCGGAGCGGGAGCCCCUUCCGCCACGGGCGCGGCCGCGGCCUCGGCGUCAACUACGGCAGGGUGGCCGACGACAUCCCGGCGCCGCGGCGGUCCGCGCAGCUGCUGCGCGCGGCGGGGGCGGGCUCCGUCAAGAUCUACGACGCCAACCCGGCGGUGCUCCGCGCGCUGGCCGGGACGGGCAUGGCGGUCUCCAUCAUGGUGCCCAACCAGAUCAUCCCGGACCUGGCCGCCUCCUACGCCGCCGCCGACCGCUGGGUCGCCGCCAACCUGCUACCCUACCUCCCGCGCACGCGGGUCAAGUUCCUGCUCGUCGGCAACGAGGUGCUCUCCGACGGCUCCAUCGCGGCCUCCACCUGGACCCGCAUCGUGCCGGCCAUGGAGAACCUCCACCGCAGCCUCCGCGCGCGCCGCGUCAGCCGCGUCAAGCUCGGCACCACGCUCGCCAUGGACGCGCUCGUCACGGGCGCCUUCCCGCGCCCGCCCUCCGCCGCGGCGUUCCGCCCGGACAUCGCCGAGUCCGUCCUCCGCCCGCUGCUCCGCUUCCUCGAGGGCACCAACUCCUACUACUUCGUCGACGCCUACACCUACUUCGUCUGGGCCGGCAGCAACGGCACCGUCCCGCUCGACUACGCGCUGCUCCAGCCCGCCACGCGCGCCCGCUACGUCGACCCCGGCACGGGGCUCGCCUACACCAACCUGCUCGACGAAAUGCUCGACGCCGUGGGCGCCGCCAUGUCCAAGCUCGGCCACGGGGGCGUCAGGAUCGCCAUCGCGGAGACCGGCUGGCCCAACGGCGGCGACUACGACCAGGUCGGCGCCAACGUCCGCAACGCCGCCGUCUACAACAGGAACCUCGCGGCGCGGAUGGCCAGGAACCCCGGCACGCCGGCGCGGCCGGGCGCCAGGAUGCCGGUGUUCGUCUUCUCCCUCUACAACGAGGACCUCAAGCCCGGCCCGGGCACCGAGCGCCACUGGGGCCUCUACUACGCCAACGGCACGGCCGUGUACCCGGUCGACCUCACCGGGCGGCGGCCGCUGUGGGCGUACCCGCCGCUGCCGGCGGCGGACAACGACACGCCGUACAAGGGGCCGAUAUGGUGCGUGCUGGCCGCCCACGCCGGCAGGAAGCUGAACGAGACGGCGGUGGGGGACGCGCUGACGUACGCGUGCGGGCAGGGGAACGGGACCUGCGGCGCCAUCCAGCCCGGCGGCGAGUGCUUCCAGCCCAACACGGGGGCGGCGCACGCCAGCUACGCCUUCAACUCCUACUGGCAGCAGUUCAGGAAGACCGGAGCUACGUGCUACUUCAACAACCUCGCAGAGCAGACCAUCAAGGACCCAAGCCACGGAUCCUGCAAGUUCAGCAGUUCAUUGGGCUGAUUGAUUCACACAAGGAAGGACAUGGAGCGAGGACGACGAGGGUGGUGUAUUAUGAUCCUACUGAUGUUCUCAAACCUUCUGAUGUAUUGACAGUGAUAGCUGACCGUUUUUCGCUGUGGUUAGGCUAGGCCGUUGUCCUUUUGUUGUUUCAAAAUCAUUCAUGCACGUCAUCUGUUGACAGAUGGCAUGAUAGUCGCUCUGAUUUUAUUA